UAACCUUAACUCAUGGCAGAUCGCGGUGGAUUCGGCACUGGUUUCGGCGGCAAAGGCAAGGGAAAGGGCAAGGGCAAGGGAAAGGGAGGAAAGGGCAAGGGCCGCAAGGGGAAGGGAGGCGAGAAGGAGUGGGUCCCCUACACCAAGCUCGGCCGCUUAGUAAAGGAGAAUAAGAUCACUUCCAUUGAGGAGGUCUAUCUCCAUUCCCUUCCCAUUAAGGAGUAUCAGAUCGUCGAUCAACUCUUCGCUCCUGGUGUCCUCAAGGAGGAGGUUAUGAAGAUCAUGCCCGUUCAGAAGCAGACUACUGCCGGCCAGCGUACCCGCUUCAAGGCUUUCGUCGCCAUCGGUGAUGAGAACGGUCAUGUUGGUCUCGGUGUAAAGGCCGCUAAGGAGGUCGCCACUGCUAUCCGUGGUGCCAUCAUGGCUGCUAAGCUCUCCCUUAUCCCUGUCCGUCGUGGCUACUGGGGUAACAAGCUCGGCGAGCCCCAUACCGUCCCUAUGAAGGUCACUGGCAAGUGCGGUUCCGUUGCUGUCCGUCUUAUCCCUGCUCCUCGUGGUACUCAUAUUGUCGGUGCCCCCGCUUCUAAGAAGCUCAUCGCCUUUGCCGGUAUUAAGGAUUGCUUCACCUGCAGUACUGGUCAUACCAGGACUAAGGGUAACUUUCUUAAGGCUACCUUCAACGCUCUCCAGGCUACUUACGGUUAUCUCACUCCUGAUCUCUGGAUGGAGCAGUUACCCGCCCAGAGCCCUAUGCAGCAGUGGUCUGACUUCCUCGCCUCUAGCAAGGGUAUCAAGAUGCAGUAAGUGUGUCUGUUGGAGUUGAUGAUGAUGAUCAUCGACAAGCAUUCGCAUUUGUAUCUUAUUAUUCCGCCCGAACAUGUCCUUCUGACAAUGUUUAAGUUAGAUGGCUCAAGUAUUAUAAUUGCAUAACUACCACUCGAUGAUGGCCAACGGUGGCCGCCGCCACCUGCAGUUGAGGCUGAGUUGAAGGUUUCG